AUGGCUCACCUGCUUCGAGGAAAACAGGCGGGCAUCCAGAACGACUUGAGUGCUGGCCUAAGCUCGGAUCUAUUCGCCAUCGACGACGUCGCUCGCUUCGGUGUCAACUCCCAAAUAUCCUGUGUGGCCUACGAUCCCGUGCAGUCACUGCUGGCAGUGGGCACCAAAAGUUCCCAGUUCGGGCCCGGUCAGGUCUACCUCUUCGGCAAGGGCAGAAUUCAAGCUGUAUUGCCAACUCCCGCUAGAGGCGCGAGUAUCAAAGAGCUCCAAUUCUGUGCGGAAAAGUUGGUGGCAUUGGACUCCAAGCACGAUGUGAUUUUGUACUCGAUUGAGCUCAAGCGCAUCAUCACGACCUACUCGCCGCCAGGAGCAAUUACGGCACUAUGUACGGAUCCAAUGCUGGACUAUGCACUUUUCGGACUACAGUCUGGAGAGAUCCUAGCCUUUGACAUGGAUCGAGAGUCGCCUGCGCCCUUCAAAAUCCCAAAUCUGUGGCAAGAAGUCAACUCCAAGGCACGCAUCUCAACCAUAGUCUCGCUACAAUUCCACCCACGAGAUAUCGGAACUCUGCUCAUAGGGUACACAGAAGGCGCAGUCAUCUACAGCUUCAAGCUGAACAAAGCUCUCCGCUUUUUCCAGUAUGAAAUACCACGUGGAGCACCGGGAGGUGACGGCGACCCUGCAGCGUCCAACAUCGUGAGACGACCGAAACUGUCUCAUGCUGUGUGGCAUCCGACUGGUGCAUUCGUCAUGACAGGACACGACGAUAGCUCGAUUGUGUUCUGGGACACCAUGAAAGACGGCAGAAUGCUGAUGGCACGAACAUUGACCGACACACACGUGGCCACACCAGGCGCGACAACAGACAAUGCUGGGAUGCGGUCAGGAACUAUGGCGAUGAAAGAGCCUCUCUUCCUCAUGAAGUGGUGUGCUAAUCAGCAGGAUUCAGAAGACACCAUGAUCUUGGUAGCGGGAGGUCAGUCUACGCAAGCGCCAUCGAAAGGCUUGACACUCUUCGAGAUGGGCAGGACACCGGUGUACGCAACAAGCACAUGGGAUACAUUGACCAACUACUUUGACUCGCCAAAGCGUCAACGGAUACUUCCCACACCUCCUGGCGCGGAAGUCGUUCAUUUCUGCUUGAUACCUAGGACAUCACCACAUUUUGCCGGGGCUCAUGAUCCGAUCGCCAUCAUUGCUCUUCUAUCCUCUGGCGAACUGCUCACGUUGUCCUUCCCUUCUGGCAUGCCGAUCAGCCCCACAAAUCAGCUUCAUCUUUCUCUAGCGCUAGUACAUCCUUUCGUCAAGACGCUCAAUACUGCUCAAGUCGAGCGUGAGAAGUGGCUGGGUCUGCAAGAGCGCCGUGCACAGGGUCCUCCCAUUCUGCAAGGUGGCACUGAGAUGCCAAGUCAUCUAAGGAGAUACGAGACAAGAAGCAUAGCUCAAAGCAUACAUGCAGAUGGCACAGUCCGACUUUGGGAUCCCGGCUAUGGCGACGAGAUCGAGAACGAGAAGGUGCUGCAAGUCGACGUUGCGAGAGCACUGGGACGCUGGAACGAGAUUGACAUCACGGAAACUUCAUUCGCAGGCAACAGUGCUGAGUUGACCAUUGGCAUGCGCAGUGGCGAGGUCAUCGUCUUCCGCUGGGGCACGAAUAGGAAUUCUGGCAGAGAACCACCCCAAGCACAACCGAAUCAGCCGGGCGCUUUGACGAGUAUCACUGAUCGUGUUGAACCGUCUCUCAGUGAAGGUCUGUGUCCUUUCACGCUACUCGACCAGAAAGAUGGUCCAGUCACAGCCGUCUGUAACUCAGAGAUCGGCUUCGUCGCGGCAGGAUUCGAGGGUGGCGGUAUUGUCCUCAUCGAUCUUCGCGGACCUGCCGUCAUUCUGAACACUUCUGUACAAGACUUCGCCAGACACCAAAAGACAGGAAGCCUACGACGACGCUCCAGCAGCGCCGGCAACAAGCCCGAAUGGGUCACAUCGCUGACCUUCAGCAUCUUGACUCUAGAAGGAGAAGGCUACAGCUCGAUCCUGCUUCACGCUGGCACAAACUCGGGCAACCUGGCCAGCUUCAAGAUAAUACCAGUCCCAAGCGGACGAUACACAGCACAAUACGCCGGCCAUGUACAACUCGACAGCAGCAAGAUCAUGUACAUCUCACCCAUCAACGCCGACUCAGGCAAGCCCGCGACAGCAUCACAAACAGCAAUGGGCAGCCUCCGCACCGGCCUCAAAGUCAACGGCGCCCUCGUAACAGUAACCCCAACCAGCAUCCACAUCUUCCGCCCAGCAACCUCCAAAGGCGCUCACAAAUCCUUCGACUCCUUCUUCUGCGACAAAGCCGGCAUAAUCCACUCCCACUCCCACGGCUACGCCCUGCUUGGCCUCUUCGGCGACGGCAAAGCACGCGCAUUCUCCAUCCCCUCCCUCCGCGAACUCGCAUCAAUAGACCUCACCAGUCUUGACGUCCGCCAACUCCACAAAGCAACCAUCUCCCCCACCGGCACAAUCCUCGCCUUCACAGGACCCAGCGAACUGGCCCUCCUCAGCAUCUUCGGCACAGGCGAACCCCUAACCCGCCGUCAAGACCGUCUCUUCUCCCCCGGCCGCCUCAUCCCACCACGCCCUACCAUCUCAAAUAUCCAAUGGGUGACGGGUACGCAAUACAUCACGCCCGCAGACAUGGAUAUCCUCAUCGGCGGGCCUGACCGGCCUCCUAGCAAGAGGAUGCUUGCCCAAGCCCGCGACGAGGAGGAACAGCGACGCAGAGCGGGGAGGUCGAGUGCCAGUGCAGCGAACAAUGCGCAGAGUGAUGAGGGGUACUGGGGCUAUAUGCAGCGGCAGUUGGCGGAGAGGACGGAGAAGUUGGGGUUGGUGGGGGAUAAUAUGGAUAAUUUGGAGAGGAAUUCGGCGAAUUGGCUGGAGGAUGUUAAUAAGUUUGUUGGGAAGCAGAAGAGGAGUGCUGCUACGGGGAUUAUCAAAGCACGGUUCGGCUUGUGA